GAGCGCCCGGGAGCCGCGUCGUUUCCGUUGCCGGCAGUUUGCAGUUGGGGAAACCGAGGCAGCUCCGGCUGUGUGUUCCCUUCCCCUAGUGCUUCCGCUCCCGUGAGGAAAAAAAAAUGUUUAUUUCUUUGUGGGAGUUCUUCUAUGGGCACUUUUUCCGAUAUUGGAUGAAAUGGCUCCUCCGGCAGAUGACGGGGAAAUGUGAAUUGCAGCGAAUUUUUGAUGCCUAUGUAGGCGCCCAGAGGACAAAGAGGAUAGAACAUUCCUUGUCCCACUCCAAGAAUAAGGUCUUACGGGCCGCCACGGUGGUAGAGGAGAGUGAGGUGGACAAGUGUGUGGAUGACAUUAUGAGAGAGAAGAGCAUCAGCGCUGAGAAGGACUCUAGCUUUCGGGGGUGCAUGAAGGCCUGCCUGCUGCAGAUCUCUGGCUACCGGCAGCUCUACCAGGAUGUGGAGAAUGUGAGGAAGAAGCCGUACGAUGCAGACAACCUGCAGCAUGAGAAGCUGCUCCUCCAGCUAUGGAAGCUGCUGAUGCCCACCCAAAAGUUGCAGAGCCGGAUCUCCAAGCAGUGGGCAGACAUCGGGUUCCAGGGUGACGACCCUAAGACAGACUUCAGAGGCAUGGGGAUCCUGGGAUUGCUCAAUCUGGUGUAUUUCAGUGAAAAUUACACCAAAGAAGCUCAUCAGAUUCUUUCCCGUUCAAAUCAUCCACAGUUUGGGUAUUCUUAUGCAAUAGUUGGGAUCAAUCUCACGGAGAUGGCCUAUGGCCUGCUCAAGAGUGACGCGCUCAAGUCCCACCUCUACAACUUUGUCCCUGGCGUGCCAACCUUGGAGCACUUCCACCAGUUCUACUGUUAUCUUGUCUAUGAAUUUGACAAGUUUUGGUUUGAAGAGAAACCAGAAAGCAUCAUGUUGUUCAACGUGUACCGAGAGAAAUUUCACGAAAAGAUUAAAGGACUCUUGCAGGAUUAUAAUGUAUCCCUUACUUUAAAAACAUGAAGCCUCUGUAGUUGCUUCUCCUUUGCCCCCAUUUUGCACAUGAAGCAGCAUUUAUAUGUUGUACUAGAAAUUAUCUGAUCACUACACUCCUUAUAAUAGAAUUAAUUUCCUACAGAGAUAUUUCAGAAAAUAUUUAAGAAAGCUAACGGACAAUCAGUGUAUGUUUACAAUGGUCUGUACACUGUUCCUGAGCCUUCCAAAGACCCUCGGUGGAGUCAGAUGCACUCCCCCAGUUUGAAACUUGGUACUUAAACCCAUUUAAUGUAAGAGUGAAAAUUAGGUAUUUGUAUUAAAUUGGUUGAUGACACCGUGUCGAAA